CAUCUGACUUUUCUCCCUUCAGGUGGUGGCUGGGUUUAACCGCCUGCGUCAGGAACAGCGAGGCCUGGCCUCCAAGGCAGCUGAGAUAGAGAUGGAGCUGAAUGAACACAAGUUGGUUAUCGAAACUCUCCGGGAAGUCGACCCAACUAGGAAGUGCUACCGGAUGGUGGGGGGAGUGUUAGUGGAACGCACCGUCAAGGAGGUUCUUCCCGCCUUAGAAAACAACAAAGAUCAGAUCAGCAAGAUCAUAGAGACACUGAGCCAGCAGCUGCAGACAAAAGGCCGGGAGCUGAACGAAUUCCGGGAAAAACACAAUAUCCGCCUAAUGGGCGAGGAUGAACAGAAAGCUCCUUCCAAGGAAAGUCCCGAGGGGGCAGGCGCCAAAGCCAGCUCUGCGGGGGUCUUGGUUUCCUAGGGAGAGAAGGAGCUUGCUCUCUUAAGGACUUUC